AGACAUUAAAAAAAAAAAGAAGAAGAAGAAAAAAAAAAAAGAAAAAGAGGAACGUUUCAGCAUUCGCCUUCAGACUUGAAGCGUCGCUGCGGAAACAAACGAUGGCGUAGCGGUCCGGCCGGCUGCCUGUGUUUCUGUUCCUGUGAGCGUGUGAGGUCCGGGUUAUGAGCAGCAGCAAGACGCCUCGCUACAACCAAUACUCCGGAGGAGCAGCAGCCGGCGCAGCAUCCGUCUCCAGCGGCCCCUCCUCCCCCUCUGCAGACUCGGGUGCUGGGAGCCUGAUGGAGGCGUCCUUUGGCCCCACUUUUUCAUCCUCCGCAGCAAAAGCGGAGAGCUCCACCACCUACAAGCAGCACAGAAGGACCCCCUCCUCCUCCAGCACCCUAACGUACUCCCCCCGCGACGAUGACGACGGCAUGCCUCCCAUCGGCACUCCUAGGAGGUCUGAUUCAGCCAUUUCAAUCCGUUCUCUCCAUUCGGAGUCCAACAUGUCCCUGCGCUCCACGUUCUCUCUACACGAGGAGGAGGAAGACGCGGAGCCACAGGUGUUUGCUGAGCCGCCGUCGGUAAAGCUGUGCUGCCAGCUGUGCUGCAGCGUGUUCAAGGACCCGGUCAUCACCACAUGUGGGCACACGUUCUGCAGACGCUGCGCCCUGACUUCAGAUAAGUGCCCCGUAGACGCAGCCAAGCUGACCGUGGUGGUGAACAACAUCGCGGUCGCCGAGCAGAUCGGCGAGCUCUUCAUCCACUGUAAGUACGGCUGCCGAGCGGCAAGCGGCAGCGCGGGCGGAGCUGUGGCCCCCGCCGCCUCGGUGGCUGGGAAGCCCGGCGCCUACGAGGUGGACCCGCUAGGCUGCCCCUUCACCAUCAAGCUGUCCUGUCGCAAAGAGCAUGAAGCAAAUUGCGACUACCGGCCGGUGCGGUGCCCCAACAACCCUUCCUGUCCCCCGCUGCUCACCAUGAACCUGGAGGCCCACCUCAAGGAGUGUGAGCACAUCAAAUGUCCACACUCCAAAUAUGGCUGCACAUUCAUAGGAAACCAGGACACGUACGAAACCCACCUGGAGGUGUGCAAAUUUGAGGGCCUGAAGGAAUUUCUCCAGCAGACCGACGACAGGUUCCACGAGAUGCAGUUGGCUCUGUCUCAGAAGGACCAGGACAUCGCCUUCCUGCGCUCCAUGUUGGGCAAGCUCUCCGAGAAGUUGGAUCAGCUGGAGAAAAACCUGGAGCUUAAAUUUGACAUGCUGGAUGAGAAUCAGAGCAAACUCAGCGAGGACCUGAUGGAGUUUCGCAGAGAUGCCUCCAUGCUAAACGACGAGCUGUCUCACAUCAACGCCAGGCUCAACAUGGGGAUCCUUGGCUCGUACGACCCGCAGCAGAUCUUCAAGUGCAAAGGGACGUUCGUCGGCCACCAGGGUCCAGUCUGGUGCCUCUGUGUGUACUCCACCGGAGACCUGCUCUUCUCCGGCUCGUCUGAUAAGACCAUUAAGGUGUGGGACACCUGCACCACUUAUAAGUGUCAGAAAACCCUGGAGGGUCACGAUGGCAUUGUACUGGCUCUGUGCAUUCAGGGAAACAAGCUGUACAGUGGAUCGGCUGAUUGCACCAUCAUCGUGUGGGACAUCCAGACCCUGCAGAAGGUCAACACCAUCCGUGCCCAUGACAACCCCGUCUGCACUCUGGUCUCCUCCCACAACAUGUUGUUCAGCGGCUCCCUCAAGGCCAUCAAGGUGUGGGACAUUGUUGGGACGGAGCUGAAGCUGAAGAAGGAGCUGACGGGGCUGAAUCACUGGGUGAGAGCCCUGGUGGCCUCCCAGAACCACCUGUACAGCGGCUCAUAUCAGACCAUCAAGAUCUGGGAUAUCCGCUCCCUGGAGUGUGUUCACGUCCUGCAGACCAGCGGGGGCAGCGUCUACUCCAUCGCCGUCACCAACCACCACAUCGUGUGUGGCACCUAUGAGAACCUCAUCCAUGUGUGGGACAUUGAGUCUAAAGAGCAGGUCCGGACCUUGACGGGCCAUGUUGGAACGGUCUACGCUCUGGCUGUCAUCUCCACUCCGGACCAGACUAAAGUGUUCAGCGCCUCCUACGACCGCUCCCUCAGGGUGUGGAGCAUGGACAACAUGAUCUGCACCCAAACGCUGCUCAGACACCAGGGCAGUGUGACAGCGCUGGCCGUCUCCAGGGGGCGCCUCUUCUCCGGAGCUGUGGAUAGCACGGUGAAGGUGUGGACCUGCUGAAGCAGCUGGUGGCCCUGCAGCCGUCCUGCAGACCUUAGGCCGCGGUGACUCCUCCAGGCGGCUCCUCUGCCCUGCAAACAUCGCUCCGAGUACGACUCCCUUCAUUCGCCGUGGCCCUGACUGCAGUUCCCCCCGCGUACACGUGCGGCUCCGCCCACAAACGCAGCCUCUCACAGAACGGAGCAGGAAGCAGAACGCCUCCCCCGCUGCCUCCAGACACGCAUUUCGUUUUCAGAACAGUACCAAUGAUGGCCGACGCGUUCAAAGAGCGGCUGCACUCCAAAUGUUCACCUUCUUUUCUGUGGCUUCCCAACAUGUCUCUGUUGCUUUUACUGUAAACUUUAGGCUUGAUCACCGAGGACACCCAGCUGAACCGCUCCGCUCUGGUUUCCUCCUCACGUGUAGUCGGCCUUUAUCAGAACACACCUCAGUUAGCAAAGUCUUAAAAAAAGUGAAGGAUCUGUUAUGUUUCUAUGAGUGCCAUGAUGAGGUUGGAUUCAGAGCCGCUCGAUGCGUGUACAGUUGUUAUAUAAAACGUUGCGACGAUCGGAAAGACGAUGCUCCUUGUGCUUGCAUGUGAUGUGCCUGUUGAAGCAGAAAGGAUGUUUUUUUUUUGUUGUUUUUUUUUUUUUUAACGAGUGCCAUAUAUUCAAGUUGUAUUGAUACAUCUUACACUCCUCUCGUCUCCAAGAAUUAUGAACAAACUCCAGAAUAGCACGACCUAAGCAGCUGACUGUAAAUGUGGUAGAGAUGGAGACAGUAGUCUUAAAGGGGACCUAUCAUGCUUUUUAAUGCCUUCCUUUUAACAUUGAAAUCAUUCAGUCGUGGUCUAUAUAAAGCGGAACUGCAAUGCUUUGAUCUGAAUUCCUCGUUAAUUUACCCCCACGGUCUGACAGCGGCUGGUUUUGGUGCCGUCUCUUUAAAUCCUUCACACCCCGCCCCCUCCAGUUAGCAGAGCACUCCACCCCAUAGCAUGCUGGGGGACGGUCUAAUGAAUUGUCACGUGACUACAGACUGUCUUAGACAUGAGCAUAGCCUACCUAUACGCAGCCUGAAAAAAGAGAAAUUAUUUUUCUUUUCGUUUCUUUUUGAAAUAGUGAAAAUACCGACAUGGGAAAAUGACGUUGGUCAUUGUCGUAAACUUCGGUUUAAGGCCCAGGGUUACAACCGAACUUUUUUUACUAUUCCUUUCGGCUUGGACACAAAAAUUGAAAUGGCGGAUUCGUGAAAUGGACUUUGCUUAGCAGUUCCGCAGCAAAUACCACGACAUAAUUGUUCAAAAAAACGUAAAAGAGAACAGCGAAAACGGAACCGCUUUAAAGAUAUGAUCCAAAAAGAAUAUGAAGUUAACUACGCAGCUCCUGGACAGACUACAUUCAACUUUUCUGCAGUCCUAGAGACUCCAAGUACACAAAAAAAAUUUAUCUAAGGGCUAAAAAAAAGUGGAUUCUGCAUGAUAUGUCCCCUUUAAGUCUUGAAGAAAACUGAGGACCCAUAUUGGGUUGAGAAUAAGGAAAAUGAUGAACUGUUGAUAUGAUCAUACAUAUGACAUUUUAGCUAAGACGUUUUUAAAGUGUUUUUAUUUCAGCUCAUGUUGACUGUAGCUUUGGUACAGAAGGAAGGAAUGAGACGAAGUGUCUUCACUGAUCCGGUUCAGUGAUUUCUUGUAUACUUGUAAUCCUUUAAGGUCGAGUUGAUCACUGAUCAAUAAAACGGUUGUAAUCUUUGA